AUGGCGGAUGAUGGUGGAUUUGAUGUCGACGAUAUGUUGGAGAAUGCGUUAGAGUCGAAGUCAACAGAGAGUGCAGGCGCGCCCAAAGAGGCUUCUGUUCCCGAUAAGGGCAAAGAAAAUGGCUCCUCAAAGAAGAAGAAGGAUAAAACUCGAAGUGGAAGUCGCUCACGGUCGCGCAGCCGUGAUCGUAAGAAGCGUAAGCGCAGUAGUAGUCGCGACAGGAAACGCAGUUCGAGCCGUGAUCGUCGACGUCGUCGCAGCAGAUCGAAGUCUCGUGAUCGAAAGCGCAGUCGCAGCCGGGAUCGAAGAAGAAGCAGAUCGCGAGAACGCAGGAGGUCAAGGUCCCGUUCGCGCGAUCGGCGUCGCUCUUCCCGCGAUCGUCGGCGUAGGUCAAGAUCUCGUCCACGUGUAAUAGAUCACCGUGACAGGCGCUCUCCAAUUAGAAGGUCACCGCCACCAAGAAAUCGUCUCCCAGGACCGGAACGUCGUGAUGUUAUGCCCUUUACUGCUCGAUCGUCGCCUCCACGCGGUGCCAAGUUGGAUAUGACUGCAGAAGAAAGAGAUCAAAGGACAUUAUUCAUUCUUCAGAUAGCUCGCCAAACUCGUCCACGCGAUCUGGAGGAAUUCUUCAGCGCUGUUGGCAGUGUGCGCGACGUCCGCAUAAUCACUGACUCACGCACAGGUCGAUCUAAAGGAAUAGCUUACGUUGAAUUUUGGGAAGAAGAGAGCGUUCCUCUUGGUCUUGCACUUAGUGGACAGAAACUUCUAGGAGCUCCUCUUGUAAUUCAACGUACAUGUGCUGAAAGAAAUCGAGCAGCUAACGCCACCAUUGGCACCACACUUGGAUUUGGUCCUGCUCCAUCAAAGGGACCUUGCAAGCUACAUGUAUCACAGUUGCAUCCCAACAUCACCGAGAGCAUGCUGGAUGGGAUUUUUGACGCUUUUGGUCGAGUGGAGAAAAUAGAAGUUGUUAAAGACCCUGCUGGCAAUAGUAUGGGUUACGGUUUUGUAACGUUUAAACUAACCGAAGAUGCAACAAAAGCUAUGGAGCAGUUAAAUGGGUUUGAAAUUGCCGGCAAACCUAUCAAGGUUUCGGUUGUGGACGAGGAUGAGGAAUCAAUACGUCAACGAAGUUUGGAUGACGUAGCAGACGAGAAACAGGGCCUUGCACUUGGACAGGGCGGACGUAUACAACUCAUGGCCAAACUUGCCCAAGGAACAGGGAUAGAAUUGCCGCCGUCUGCUCAACAGGCUCUUCAACAGCAGGCUGCUGAUCCCACUAUACCUGCGAUUGCCACCCAGUGUUUUAUGCUUUCAAACAUGUUUGAUCCAAAAACUGAAACUCGUCCUACUUGGGCGGUUGAAGUACGAGACGAUGUUAUUGAGGAGUGUUAUAAAAAUGGCGGCGCUCUUCACGUUUAUGUAGAUACAGCAAGUCCACAAGGAAACGUUUACGUUAAAUGUCCGUCGGUUGCAAGCGCCCACAAAAGUGUUUCAGCACUACACGGGAGGUGGUUCAGUGGGAAAGUGAUAACAGCAAAUUAUGUACCAGUGACGUCCUACCAUGAACUCUUCCCGGAUGCUCUAGUUGCUAGGAACGUGCUUGUUCCGAAACCCAGCGAUCAACAAAUUUCUGGUGGUGCUACAGUGCCGAACUUUGCCGUUCCUCCUCCUCCUGCAAUGUCUGGAUACGGAGCUCCACCUCAACCCGGCUACUAUUAG